AUUUUGCGGCAAUGAAAACAGUACAGGUGCCGCAGCAGGUUAUCAACGGGCCAACUACCGUACCUUUGCUAAGGCAGCACGGCAGCUGUGUAGUGAUGCUAACAGACACUUUAUUUGCUGUAACAAAACUACUCCGUACCUGAUAACACCAGCCAUUUGCCAGCCAUCGACCUCAACCUAGUACCGUUGCAAGACUAUUGUGUAUGGAAGCUCACCGUUGCGUAAUGCCAUUGCUUGAGAACAAUACAAUUAACAACCUUCAUGACAAUUUGCGUCUGCCAAAGCACUGUUGCAGACUUCAGACGUCCUCGACCUAACCCGGAUAACGCGAAACGGCCGUGCUUUGCUUAUACCGAGUUAAUCUAGUUUGUCGUCUGUUACCGGUAGUGAUCUCAGCGGCUAGCCGGUUACAUCGGUCAGCGGUACUUGACUGAUUGCCUACCUGGGUUGCGGGGGAGCCCUGUUUGCUUCCAUACCGUGAUGGAUCCAGCCGUUGCAUCAAGCUUACCAUCAGGCGCAUCGAUUGAAGAUGCUGGGGUCACGGCUUUGCCAGUACCUACUAGUCGCAAGAACAUCCUUCCGCCCAUCCCCGCUGUAUCCAGCAGCCCACCCAUUUCAAACUCAGCACUUCCUGGCAACCCCACCAACGUCGACUCCUCUGCUGAGACGUCCAAACCGGCGAGCGGCAGCUUAGCGAAAAACAGCCGACUCACUUUCAAAAAUGCCGGCACCAUGGUCAAGAUGGGCCUCAAAGCCGCCAACGCCUUCUCCACCCUUCGUGACAUGGGUGGCGCAACCAUCCAACCCAGCGACCUGAAAACCAUCCGGAAGCUGGGAGAGGGCGCCUUUGCGGUGGUGGAGGAAGCCGACUACAUACCCUCCGCCACUGCCACCGUAAGCCCCGCCGCCGCUGCUACCUCCACUGCCGGCAGUGCUGCUGCUGCUGCUACCUCUCCCGCCGGCAAACAGGGGCCACAGCAACAGGGACAGCAGCAGCAGCAGCAGGGUCAAGGAGGCGCAGCAGGCUCAGCUCGGCGGGUUGCUGUGAAGCGUCUGAAGCCGGAGGUUGUGAGCCAGCAGGGCGACCUGGCGGCCUUCCUGACCGAGGUGGCGCUGCUGAGGAAGCUGGCGCACAAGCGUAUCGUGCAGUACGUGGGAGUGGGCAGCAGCGAUGCGAGCAGCGAGGAGGCCAAACGGCGCACCAUGUUCCUGGUGCAAGAGUUCAUGGACGGCGGCACCCUCAAGCGGCUGCUCACUCGCCAGAUGCUGAACAUGUCCCGCCAGCUGUACACCUGCAUGGACGCAUUCCGCUGGGCGCUCCAUGUGGCGGAGGGACUGGACUACCUGCACAGCGCCCGCCCCGUUGUGAUACACCGGGACCUGAAGCUGGAGAACAUCUUGCUGAGGGGGACGGAGCCGGCAACCGCGGAGGCCAAGAUAGCGGACUUUGGCCUGGUGGCGCUGGUCCGCCCUCGCGACCGGGGGCUGUACGAGCAGCUGCAAGCAGCGGAGGCGGCGCAUGUAGCGGC